AAUAAAGUCAAGUAGUGGGGAUAGCAGUGUUUUGUUUUGAUUUGAUUCCGAAGUGAUAGAAUUUUGCACUGAUACGCAUUACAUUUAUCUCGCGAAAAAAAAGGAAAAAUUGCGUUUACCUUGACGAAGUAAAAAAAACAAAUAUGGAUGUUGAUAAUGAUCCGAUCGAUCAAAAUUUACUCCUGCAAUUCACCUGCUUGGGUACAACGGACAGAGAUGAUUUGGUUAAACAGUUCAAAGAACUCAUCGACAAUAGAAUCGACGAUACUACGGCGAGUUUCUUUCUCGAAAUGAAUAAUUGGAAUUUACAAAAUGCAAUAUGCUCGUUUUUCGAUUACGAGACACCUCGCAAACUACCUUCGAUGAAACUAGAAGAAAGCAAAUUACUUAGUUCGAAUUUUAAUAUGCCUCCUAAUACCAGGUUUACCAUGAGUUGGACAGUUCGAAAUAACGGCGACGAAUGUUGGCCUCAUGGUUGUUCCCUUCAGUUUAUAGGAGGAGAUCAUCCUUGUAGCGUUAAAGCAAUGCCUGUCCGUGUACUUCCUCCUGGUUUGAGUACGACUAUAGUGAUAGAUUUUGUCGGUCCAGCCGAGCCUGGCUUUUAUCAAAGUAAAUGGAGAAUGACUACACCAUUUGGUGCUUUCUUCGGUGAUGUCCUUUGGGUCGUUUUUCAAGUUAGUGCUAAACUUAACGAUAGUGAAGAAAUUAGCCUUUCGGAAGAACUGGCCUCACGUAUGGCUUUAAUCGAUAAUAAUGAGAAUACGGUUCAAGAUGAAAUCAGCUGUAGGACGAAUAAUUUGAAUUUGAAUUCGAAUCAGUUUUACGGGCCAGUUCCGGAGUUUACACCUGCUUCUGAGCAACGUACGAUGGAACGCGAAGACGAAGAAUUUUCUUGAUAGCAACGUUCCGAACGCCAUUUUAUUGUGAUACCGAUACUGUUCGUUGUUUUUACCCCAUCACUUGUUAACCAUCCAAGAACUUGGUAACCGAUAACCAGUUCAUUCCGUUUGAUACUCAUCGAAUCAAAAUUCCAUCAUUCUUGGAAAAAAUACAAAUCGUUUCACGAGAAGCGACGGUUCUUCUUUCUUUUUAUAUUACUUACGCGUUUUAAUCUUCUUUUUAAUGGUAUAUGAGGAUUUUGCAUACUCCGAGUUGAAUUGUAUAAAAUUGUUUUAACCAUUUUAUCGCGUAGUGUAUUUAUUUUAUGUAUAGCGUAGAUUGUUAUUGUUCUUGUAGAAAUCUAACAUUUUCGUUUCUAAGUUAAAGUAUGUAUUUGUUUGAUUUUAAUAUAUUUUAAUCGCGUAA